AUGUCUUCACUUGGACCACAGCUGGAGAUCGUCUUUUUAGAGAAAGUUGUCGAACACCUUCCAGACUCAUCAAGUGCUCUUAAAUUUGUGUUUGUCAACAAAAAGUGUUGUUCUGCCGUGCAUUUCCAACACGAGAACGCGUUUUAUCUCCGCACCACUGCGCGCGACUGUAAUAGUUGUGUGAAGUUUCUUCGUGAGUUUAAGCUCUUUCCCGGGAUCAAAACACUUGUGAUCAAUUCAAGUUAUUUCAGAACGUUUAAAACGCAUCCCUUUCUCAACCAAAUCCAAAGCCUCAAACUUUAUGACUUGAAUUAUAAAAAUUUCAAUUUUGUGGCGGGCUGUGAAGACAAAAUCAUUGAAAUUGGGAUGAUCGUCGACUCCGACCAAAAGCAACCCACUGAGAACUUGGACUUCUCCAAAUUCCCUCUUCUCAAAAGAGUCAUAUUAAACAUGAAAAUUCUCUUCCCACUCUCAACACUCUUUCCAAACAAAACCCAACAUUUCGAUAUGGUCAAAAUCGUCACCCCCCUUCAAACAAAUUUCGUCGAGUUUUUUAAGGAGUUCAAGAACAUCGAAAAGAUCGUUGUGGUGUCGAACACACAACCAAGCGUAUUUGCUGAUAACGUCUAUAAUUUGUAUGACGGGUUUGUGUCCGACUUUCCACGGAACUAUUUCUGUAAAAGCGUCAAGUUCACGCUGCAAAGAAAUGAAGGAGGGUGUGACGUCUCGCAGUUCUAUAAAAUCAUGGAUGCGUAUUACCCGAGUGAAAUUCUACUUGACAUGACUGACAAGUUUGAUGUCGACUGGAAAUAUGACUUGGAUGAAUUGAGAGGGUUUAAGACAUAUGAAGACUACUUCCAUAAAAGGCAUGAGGGCGACCACGACUGCGAAUACUGUUUUGCGGAGGGGUAUUCGGUCUCCGAGGAAUUCAUCAAUGAAAAGUCGAACCAGAAUACUGAUGCCUUUCUCGCGUUAGAUGAUAAUGUCUUUGGAAAUGAAAAGACCAAUCAACGACGAAGUGCAAAGAAGAAGCUUGCGGAGCGGAAAAGGAUGUUAUUUGACAAAAUUGUGAAUGACACUGAAAUCGACUUAACGAAGUACACACAACUCCAAAACAUCGAAGUCAAAUCGCCUGUUAUUAAUGUGAAAAAGCCAGAGAACUAUUGUGAGAGGAGGAGAGUCUUAGCGUCGGGGCAAAGUGUUUCGAAGCGAGAUGAGCAGAAAGUGUAUACUUCCAUUAGGAGGAAUUUAGAUAUGACAAAGGAGAUCUUCACCAAUGCUAAGAUGAUUAAAUGUAAGUUGUUACAGAAGACUAUCUUCCCUAUAACAUUGAAGCGACUGACAUUAGAAGACUGUGAAAUCGUCAGUUACAAAAGUGGGACAUGUUUCCAGUUACCAAAGAGUGUGACGUGUCUCACACUGAAGGGCAAUGUCGAUCAACAUGCACUCCAUAUUGAACGAUCGCCACUUAUUGAGUUGCAGCUGCUUGAAACUCCCUUUGUGGAGAUUAAUCCAUUCCCACAAACGUUAACUAAAAUUAAGUUGAUGAACGUCAACUCGUCGAGACUCAUGAAUUUCAGUAAUUGUAUACUGACUUCACUGGAGCUUGUCGCGUGCCAAAAAGCAGGGUUUGUUUUACCUAAUUUGCGAUUGUUCCGCGCAGACGUGUCGAAUGUGUAUAUCAAGAAUAUCGAGAGUGUCAAGGUGCGUCGUGCGGAGUUGUUCCGAUGCUUUAUAAAUGAGCAGGAGAAACUGGUGUGCGACCACUUGUUCUGUUUUGGUGACAUUUGUGACAAACACAACAACCCAUUCUUCGAAUCGUGUUUUGAGGAAUUGCCAAUAUCACCAAAUCGGUCAGUCUCAUCGCCUACUUACAACUCAAUGAUUGUAAACAACUCAGUGGAGAAGCGAGGAGUGCCAGCCAACCCUUUCUCGCGAAGUGCUGAAAGUAUGGACGUCGUUCCGUUACAAUUUGUUGGAAGAGGAGCGGCACAGAGUGACGGGAUUGUUUCUCCAUUCAGGCCGGGGAUGAUAGAAAAUUACCAGCAGUUUGGCGAGAUUAACAAUCAACGAGAUAUUAAGAGAGAAAAGUGGAGUGGAAAACAAAUGCUAUUGGAUUGA